AUGAAGCCGGUUUGCCUCGUCAUCGGCGCCGGCGCUGGGAUUGGUGGAACUGUGGCCAAGCGGUUCGCCCAGGGUGGAUAUCACGUCGUGCUGUCUCGAAGAUCCGACCAGAAGGGGCUGGAUGAGAUGGUUCAUGACAUCCAAGCAGAAGGAGGCUCUGCUGUGGGCAACCUUAUCAAUGCAGUGGAGCCCGGUGCCAUUGAAAACCUCGUCGAAGAGACCGAGAAGAAGGCUGGCCCUAUCGCAGUGCUGGUGUUUAACCUUGGCGCACAAAUUGGAACAAGAUCUCUUGCAUCAACUUCCCUGAAGCAGUUCGAGCUUGGAUGGCGUAUGGCUUGCUUCGGCCUCUUUCGAGCUGCUCAGGCGGCUAUGCCUGCGAUGGUGCAGAGGGGGAAGGGUUGCUUCUUGGUGACUUCAUCGACAGCCGCUGUCCGGGGUAACGAAGGACAGCAUUCUCAUGCAGCAGCGAUGGGUGGCCGGAGGAUGUUGUGUCAGAGUCUGAAUGCGGAGUUCGGGCGCAAAGGUAUCCAUGUGGCGCACAUCAUUGUGGAUGGUCCGGUGGAUGCACCAGACACCCUGGGCAAGAUGCUUGGCACAGAAAACUUUGCGGAGCUGCGGAAGACGGUCGGGGCCCGUGAUGGGCUGCUGGAUCCAGUGCAGGUUGCAGAGCUUUGGGCACAUUUGGUGGUUUGCCAUAUUGGAACUCCUCCGACAGGAUUUGUUGCAGAGUAA